AUGCUGCGGGAGCAGUACCGCAUGCACCCCGCCAUAUCCGCCUGGCCCAGCCGCUGGUUCUACUCGGGCCUGCUCUCCGACGGCGCCGGCGUCGACGCCGCCAGCCGCGGCGCGCCGUUCCACGCGGGCCGCGGCGGCGCGCGGGGGCCGUUCGUCGUGUGGGACUGCGCGGGCGGGCGCGAGCGCGGGGGCGGCGGCGGGGGCGGGUCCCUCAGGAACGACGCGGAGGUCCGGCUGGCUAUCGCGCUGAUCGCAGGCGCGUGCCGCGCCGCCGCGCGCGCGCGCGUGUGCGUCCGCCUCAGCCUCAUCCUGGGGGGCCUUCUGUCAGACCACGCGGCCGACGUCGGCAGCAUAGCGCUGCUCACGCCCUACCGUGCCCAGGCCAACGCCCUGCGCGCCGCCGCCGCGGCGGACGCGCGCGUCGGCGCGGCCGCGGCAGGCGCGGGGGUGGCGCUGGACGUCUCCACAGUGGACGGCUUCCAGGGCCGCGAGGCGGACGUCGUCAUCCUCAGCUGCGUGCGCGCCAAACACGACGCCCACACCACCGGCAGCGCCGCCGGCCGCGUCGGCUUCCUCGCAGACGUCCGCCGCAUGAACGUCGGCCUCACCCGCGCGCGGCGCGCGCUGUGGGUCGUCUGCCACGCCGCGACGCUGGCCGGCAGCGACUCCUGGCGGCCGCUGCUCGAGGCGGCGGCCGCGCGGGGCGUGUUGUUCGAGGCGCCGGCCGAGCCGGGCGCACGCGGCGCACGGGGGGCGCCGCGGGCGGCGGCGAUCGCGGCGGGGCUCGCCGAGGCGGGGCGGAGGGCGCUAGAGGAGCAGGAGAUGGAGGAGGGCGCGCGGCGGGUGCAGCAGCAGCAGCAGCAGCAACGGCCACCAGGCAACAAGGGGCUGCCCCUGCAUGAGGACGGGCGGCGCGCGCAGAGCUCAGCACGCGGCACCCACAAGGCAGCAGUUGCACCGCCAGCGGCCGGGGCUGCGCUUGCGGGUCACAAGCGGCCCGCAGAGACGCUGGUCGCCGCGCCGCCACGUACGGCGACUGCGCCGCCUGCUGCAAACGAGCCGGCAAGCAAGCGCCGCGAAACCCAGCCAGUGCCAGUGUCUGUGCCUCGGGCGCGCUCUCAGCAGCAGCAGCGGUAG